GGUCUGAUUUCUUAAGGGCUCCUGGACUCCGCCUCUUUUUCAAAUUACAGUAGAAGAAAACGGUGGGCGGUCAAAAGAAAACUAAACACACAAGCAAUCUGUCUUAGGACAUUAAGCAAAUGAAGACUUAUUGUGUGUGCUGAGCCUGCAGCUUCCAACCUUCUGGGGAAGAUGAGAGGACAAGGCGGCAUUCCGGGCGGUGAGGGAGCACGGAGGACUGGAGAUCACGCAGCCUCACGCGAGUCUCUGCUCCGAGAAUGGCGCGCCCGGCUACCGACCACGUGACCUGCCCCUCCUUAAAGCGUCUUUGCUUUAAAAAAAAAAAGAAAAAAAAUUAAAAAAAGGGAGACUCCACUUCCCAGAAGCCUCUCAUUACCCACGCAGCCUCAGUCUUGCGUAGGCGCCGCCAGGACCAAACGGAUACGUCCGUCACGUGGACGGUAGCCGACCAAUCCGGUUUGAAUCUCAUUUUUUCCUCUCAACCCCCCCCCCUUCAGGAGUGGUUGUGCGAUCAGAUCGAUCUAAGAUGGCGACUGUGGAACCGGAAACCACCCCUACUCCUAAUCCCCCACCUGCAGAAGAGGAGAAAACAGAAUCUAACCAGGAGGUUGCUAACCCAGAACACUAUAUUAAACAUCCUCUUCAGAACAGAUGGGCACUCUGGUUUUUUAAAAAUGAUAAAAGUAAAACUUGGCAAGCAAACCUUCGACUGAUCUCUAAGUUUGAUACUGUUGAAGACUUUUGGGCUCUGUACAACCAUAUCCAGUUGUCUAGUAAUUUAAUGCCUGGCUGUGACUACUCACUUUUUAAGGAUGGUAUUGAGCCCAUGUGGGAAGAUGAGAAAAAUAAACGCGGAGGACGAUGGCUAAUCACAUUGAACAAACAGCAGAGACGAAGUGACCUCGAUCGCUUUUGGCUAGAGACGCUGCUGUGCCUUAUUGGAGAAUCAUUUGAUGACUACAGUGAUGAUGUGUGUGGAGCUGUUGUUAAUGUUAGAGCUAAAGGUGAUAAGAUAGCAAUAUGGACUACUGAAUGUGAGAACAGAGAGGCUGUUCAACAUAUAGGGAGAGUAUACAAGGAAAGGUUAGGACUUCCUCCAAAGAUAGUGAUUGGUUAUCAGUCCCAUGCUGACACAGCUACUAAGAGCGGCUCCACCACUAAAAAUAGAUUUGUUGUUUAAGAAGACACCUUCUGAGUAUUCUCAUAGGAGACUG